GAAACUGUCAGAGCUCAGUCUACAAUCAGAGCCUCAGGCCUGCCAUGUCGGGCCUCAGCGUUCUCGUGCCACCCGUUGAGACCCAGAACGCUGUUGUAUCUUCCAAAACGAGCCAAGGUUCUGCGGCUAGAGCGGCGCACGUGAAAGGUUUCUGGGGCGCCUCGUCUGCCGAGACUUUGGCAGUCUUCUCAAAUGUUCUGACUCGCAAUGAAACAGGACGACUGCCUAUCUUGAAUGGCAAGCUCUUGCAACUUCCCAGGACCCGGCGCGCCGUCCGUCAUAUCUGCGUAAAGGUAUGGCGUUAUAAAGUGCGUUUCAGUAGAUCGUGCAGAGCUCGAGAGAGCUCCUGCAAUCACCCGGUCACCUGUGUCCUAUAGUGCCAACUGGUACGAUCAUGGGUUCCAUCUCCCCCGCUCCUGAGUCCUCUGGCUACGAGUCCCCCUUGUCUGAGAAACAGGACAAGUCGGAAGUCUCAGUUCCCGAAGAUUCAGACCAGGACGGAGUAUCCGAUAUCCUUAUCGUCAAAUUCUCCGCCAACGAUGCAGACGAUCCUCGGAACUGGUCGGGGGGUUACCGGUGGUAUCUAUCGAUCUUUGACUGCUUCCUUGUCUUCACAACGACGUUUGCUUCUUCCGUUCCGGCUGGUUUCGCAUCCCAACUCCUAUUUCACUUCCAUCUCGAUGCGGAGCUUGUUGCGCUCACAAUCACCCUCUUCGUCAUGGGAUUUUGCGUUGGACCUAUCCUCUGGGGGCCGCUCUCUGAACAGUAUGGUCGGAGGGCUGUACUAAUUCCGUGCUACACGUUGUUUACGGCAUUCCAAGUUGGCGCGGCUCUGUCACCCAACACUGCUGCGAUUAUGACUUUCCGACUGCUUGGCGGUAUCACCUCAUCGGCCGCCCACCCGAUUGCACCGGCUCUUAUCGCAGAUGUUUGGGAGCCCUCUACCCGGGAGAAGGCGCUUACAUAUCUGGGUUUCCUCUCGUUUAUUGGUCCAACACUCGGGCCUCUGAUCGGCGGCUACAUGGCAGCUGGGAAUCUUCGGUGGCAAUGGGUAUUCUGGAUGCUCACUAUCCUGGCCGGGACCUGCACCCUAUUGAUCACUUGCACGCAGAAGGAGACAUAUAGGCCGAUUAUUCUCGCCCGUAAAGCUCAACGACUUCGCAACGAGACCGGAGAUCCACGCUAUCGAGCUCCGUUCGAACUUGUGCAAAAAUCGACCAUUGCAGCGACGUUGUACAAGACGCUCGCUAAACCCUUCGUGAUGUUUGUCCAUGAACCGGCCUUGAUCGCGACAACCGCGUACUUGUCGUUCAUCGGCGGAUGCUUGUACAUGAUGUUUGAGGCGUUCCCUAUCGUGUUCGAAGAAGGUCAUCACUUCAAGUCUAGCUCGCUCGGUUUGAUGUAUUUACCCUUAACUGUGGGUAAUAUCGUCGCUCUCAUCUUCUACCUCUGUGUGACGCAGCCCGACUACGAGCGCAAAGCCAAACGAUACGCGCCGAACCCGGUCCCGCCAGAGGAACGCCUGACAAUGGCCAUAUGGGCUGCGCCCCUCUUCGCUAUCGCCUUGUUCUGGUUCGGGUGGACAUCGUUCCCGUCUGUCAACUUCUGGGCGCCCAUGAUGUCCGGAUUCUUGAUGGGUGUAGCCAUCCUCGCGCUCCUCGUCGCACUGCUGAACUACAUCAUCGACGUCUAUUCAUACGCAGCGGCCUCUGCGCUCGGGGCGUGUACGGUCAUUCGCAGCAUAUUCGGCGCCAUAUUCCCGCUGUUCUCAACGGCGUUAUUCCGAGCCCUGAACCCCCGUUGGGCAUCGACACUUGUCGGUUGCGUCGCGAUCCUGAUGAUUCCAGUCCCUAUCCUGCUGAAGAGGUACGGCCCGGCGUUGCGCGCACGGUCGCGCUAUACCGCGAGGGCAUUGGAGGGCUGACUGGUGCAAUGUAGUCGGGUUACGUUGAUACGGACGCAGAGAUGACAAGGCAGCAAUAUGAGUGCGACAUGUCGUAAUGGCGAUACUUGGGCUUGUAUAGUAGUCGCCAGCGGCAGGGUGCUAAUGAGAUGUAC